GCCUAGUAGAGACGGGGAAACGGACAGAGUGUAUGUUUUCGCACGCGCGUCCCCGACUCCGUCUGCAGAGUGCGCGGCGCGCCGGAUAGCCGCGGGUACGCGCGGCGGAGGGACAGGUCGGAGUAUUUGGAGAACAAGGGAGAAGGCAGCAUUGGAAAGGGGAAUAUGAUGGCGGUGCAGGAGUGACAAGUUUGAAAGUGUUAACUGCAGCACUCGGCCGGUACUCGAAGACUCCUAAAACGCAGAGAGCAGAGUCUCUGAUCUGAGGACGGGCGCCGGGAGGAGCGCAGCGGGACUCCUGGCAUGGUGCGAGUAGGAAGCGGCGACGGAGCUGGGAGUCAAGCAUUAAACCUGUUAAAAUGAUCAGGACCGAGAAUAAAGGCGAAAGGAACCUGCGGAGCGCGUCUCCCCACAGAAAUGCCUACAAAUCCGACUUCCACGCAAUUAAAUGCUCUUUCGACGGCGCUAGAUCCGACGGCGCUCCUAAGUCGUACGCAAAUGGAUCCGGCGAGACUCGAGAGGACGGGAGGGGGAGGCCGUUUGGAAACCGGGUGAGCAAGAUAAAGAACAUCUUCCUGCAGAUGGACGGGCAGCAGCAGCAGGACAGCCCGGAGGCUAAAGCGGGUUUAAAGGGUGAUGUGUCCCAGGUUCCACUGCCAAAGCUGCCACCUGCCACCUGCUCACAUAAAACCACUUUGGCCGACGCCACCUGUCCGGAAGCUCAGAGUUCAGACAAAACUGGCAAGGGCGAUGACGCAGAGAUAGACAAGGCGGCGCUGGCCGAGAAGUUCUCGGUGACCAGGAAGCUGUUUGAGAGCGGCGUCAAGGGCCAGCCCUCAGCCGAGAAGCUCUCCCCUGGCAAAGCGGUCGGGCUGGGCUCUCCGAUCGGCGUUCCCGACGAGGCGCAAGGUGCCAGGGGGUUGCCAGGGUCCUCGGAGGGCGCUGUCCACGGCGUCAGGGCCGAUCAGAGCCCUACCUCCCCUUCCAAAAGCCAGCCGGUGGAGAGGGGCGUCGGGGAGGAAACCAAGCCAGCCUCCCGGCCUCCCCUAAACGCAGGGCCUCUUUCCAGGAGGCUGGAGGACUUCAUGAUGGAGAGUGAGAAUGGUGACAGAAACAGAGCGGUGCACAGAGGAAUGGAGAGCCAGCAUAAACACGACACUACUGCCUGCUCAGUGCCUGCGAAAGCAGCUGUAGACAGCUCAUCCAGGCCCUUUUCCCCAGCUGGGGAUUGUUUCUAUAAACCAGCCACCCCAGCUGCAGGCAGCUCAUCUAAACCUACAUUCCCAGCAGGCGGCUGUUUUUAUAAACCAGCCUCCCCAGAGGGUGGUGGAUCAUGGAAACCACCUGUUAGCGCCUUUGCUAACAAGCCCCCUCACUCACCCCUAAGCGAUGACAAGCCUCAGUUAUUUGCCGGUAGCUGCUAUAGCCCAAACGGUGCCAGCGCCCCUGAUACACACAGGAGUGAGGGGAAAGUGGUGCAGAGCCCCACUGCAGGGAAACCUUCUGGACCAUCCCAUACUGUGGUUCCACUGCCGGUGGGAGUGGUCCGGGCAGAGCUGGUGGUGGUCCAGAACGAGUCGUCUGAGAGCGAGGAGAACGAAGAUGAGAUCCGUAAAGAGGAUGGUGCAGAGGAGCCGAAAGGCGACCCCUCAGAGGAGCUGAGAGUGGAACCGGGUCCUGACAAACCCCCUGAGAACCAUGUCGAGCAGGAGGUGGAUGAGCGGUCAAAGGUCAGGCUGGUGGUCAAAGAGAAGGAAACAGGAAGUGGUGGACAGGAGUCAGGAUGGAGGGAGGAGAGUGCAGGGCCGAAGAGCCUGAAGGUGGAGAGCGGAGAGGAGGAGGAGGAUGAAGAGGAGGUGGAAGAGGACGAGAGCGAGCAGGAGGAGCGGCCGGAGGGGGACAGCGGGGAAGAAGCCUCUCCUGCUGUCUGCGGCAUUGAGAACGCCGCCUUUGUGGACGACAGGGACCCCGAGCAGGAGCCCCAAGAGGAGGCCCCGCCCACUGAGGAGUUCGAGGAGGUGCCCGGCCUGUCAGACGAGGAGGACGUGGGCCCGCGGAGGAAGGUCCGAUUCUCCACAGCACAGAUCCAGGUGUUCAGCACCUACUCCAACGACGAGUACGACCGCCGAAAUGACGAGGUGGACCCCGUGGCGGCGUCGGCCGAGUACGAGCUGGAGAAGAGGGUGGAGAAGAUGGACGUGUUCCCUGUGGAGAUCCAAAAGGGGAACAGCGGCCUCGGGAUCAGCAUCAUCGGCAUGGGCGUGGGGGCGGACCAGGGCCUGGAGAAGCUGGGGAUAUUCGUGAAGACCAUAGCGGAGGGUGGAGCCGCGGAAAGAGACGGCCGGAUCCAGGUUAACGACCAGAUUGUGGAGGUUGACGGCACCAGACUGGUUGGGGUCACGCAACAUUUCGCUGCUACAGUCCUGAAGAACACUAGAGGCAUUGUCAGCUUCCUGAUUGGCCGGGAGAAGCCGGGCACGGAGAGUGAGGUGGCACGGCUCAUUAGCGAGACCCUGGAGCAGGAGAGGAGCCAGCAGCAGAAGCAGCAGCAGCUGGAGGACUCGUAUGAGCAGUCCACAGAGGAGGAGGAGCGUUACGACGGAGAGGACGGUGAGGAGGAGCUCCUGGGUUCCAGCUUCACGGGGAGGCCGUCUGAGGUGCUGGAGCUUCCUGAGAGUGAGGAGAUGUUCCUUCCCUCCAGCAUGGACUCCACACAGCUGACCUACAGGUUCAAAGAGCUCCUGCUAAAGCACAGUAUCACCACAGCUGAGCUCAGCCAAAUGAAAGAGAAGCUGAGCUCAUUAGAGGGGGACAGAGCCGCCUGGAGGUCCAGGCAGGCGGAGCUGGAGCACGGUCUGCAGGAGAGUAACGAGAGGAUCCACAGGCUGGAGGCGUCCUGGCGGGAGGCGCAGGCCCUCUGCACAACCGCCAACCAGCACCUGGCGGAAACGCAGAGCCAGUACGAGGCCCUGGAGAAGAAGUACAACAAGGCCAAGAAGCUGCUGAAGGAGUACCAGCAGAAAGAGAUUGACUUCGUGAAGAGGGAAGAGGAGCUGAAGAGAGCUCUGGGAGAGAAGCAGAGGCAGCACAGGGAAAUGCUGGAGAGUCUGCAGAAGAGGAUUGUGGUGCUGGAGGCUGGAUCCGCUUUGGGUCAGCAUGCAGCUGUCCUGUCUGCGGAGAGGAGGUGGGGCAGCCAGGAGACGGGGCUGAUCACAAAAGCCCAGUCUGUGAGCGCCAUGCUGUCGGAUGCGGACUGGCCCGAGGCGGUGCCUGAGACGGAGCGUCUGGACACCAGCGCUCACCGCGCCAAGGGCCAGCUCGCCCAGAAGGCCAAGCGCCAGCCCCCAUCCCGCAGCAAGCUGAGAGAGACCCUGGGGGCCUCCGUCUGCCAAGCACCGGAGAACGGGGAGGAUGUGGCUGAGGAUGGGGAGUCUCUCAGGACCGGGCGCUCCGUGAGGGAGAGCUUAUCGCUGCCCGUGCCAGUCCUCCACCCUGGGAACAGACAGAAGGGUGAGAGCCCUGAGAGUGUGGGAAAUGGCCAGAGCAAAGCGGAGCUGGCCAGCACCCCCUCCCUCCCCGCGGGGGUCAGCCACAAGAGAGCCAGCGCGGGCAGCGGGGCGAGCCCCGGCCUGCCGCCCCCCAAAGACUCGUCCACCCCGCGCUCCCCCACCGGCUUCCUGCGCAGCGUGAAGAAGAGGGAGUCCAAGAGCAAGGAGGCCAGAGAUGAGGCCGGUGACAGCUCAUCCACAGUGAAAUCCAAAAGGAGGUUCCCUGACUUUGGCGGCCUUCGCAAGUCUGGCGGCAAAGGGAAGAAGCAGGACAAGGAGGCCCUGAGGACAUCCAUAGACAGCCGGGGGUCCAGGGACCUGCUGGAUGAGUCCGGGGGGAACGUGUCCCCGUCGCAGUCGGUGACCUCCGUCCCCUCCUGCAUGCCCUUCUCGUGGUUCGGGGACAGAGACAGAGACCGGGACAGGGAGCAGGCAGCCUCGUCCUCCAGCGGGAGCCUGCCCUACACCACCACCGAGAGCAGCAGUGACCUGAGCCAGGACCGGAGGCCCAAGACAAACCUGUCCUGGUCUUCCUUAUUCAGUCGCUCGUUAGAUUUGAGUUUGUCGGUCAUAGAUGAUUCAAAGCCUGGAAGUCCCAGUUUGGACUUGACAGGGCUAGUAGCCGAGCCCAAUCUGUCUGGGCGUUCGCACACUGUAACCUUCUCUUCUACCGAGACUCUGGAUGAGGACCAGGUGCCCGUGGGGAAGGAGUAUCAGUGGCAGAACCGGCCCGUGCUGGAGUGGACCCCCCAGCAGGUGUGCCACUGGCUGAUGGGUAUGAACAUGGACCAGUACACACCCGAGUUCACCGCCAGGUGUGUGGACGGACAGCAGCUCAUGCACCUGGACAGCGACAGGCUUAAGGCGCUGGGCGUUUCGAGCCAGAGCGACCGCGCCACCAUAAAGAAGAAGGUAAAGGACAUGAGGAAGGCGCAGGAGAAGGUGGAGAGGAAGAGGGAGAAGGAGGCCAGGCGCAGCGGGAAGCGGGCCCUCAGCACAGACUCCACCUGCUGAGCUUCCCCUUCAACUGACUCCAGAUCAGCCUCUGUCCACCUGUCCCCCUCCCAUGCCAUUCUCCCAUUGGAGGCAAGCAGGCCUAUCAUCAGACAGUGUGACUUUAGGCCGCUUGGCUGUUCCUGGUGUAAAAACAUGCCGCGUGUCACCAGCUGGAACUAGAACAGUUACAGAAUCCAUAACGUGACGGCUCGCUUUUGUCAUUGCACAGUAGUGUUCAUGCGUAGUUGAAAACUGUAAAUCUUGAAACAGUCUCUGCUUGAUAUGUUUUACAUGAAUCAGUUUCUUGCUACAAACGUACGCUCCAUUUGUGUAGUUAGUGAUGUCACUGCCAGGUUGCACUUCAGGGUAGUCACAGCGUAUUAGGCACUUGAUUUCAGAUUUUAUUUCAGAUUCACACACACACAACCAAUGUAGCAGGACAUAGUGUAGCCUGUGACACCUCAUACAUCAUGAACUACAUUACCCAUGAGUCUCAAGGACAUAGUGUUGUUUUAUAAUGCGAGUUUGAGCUGAGAU